UGUUGUGUGAGAAUUGGGAACCUAUUUAAAUGGAUCGUUUGUAGCGUAGUAGCAGUCAGUCCAGUGAUGCGCACAACGAAGGAGAAGCCGAUGGUUUCCAGGUUCCCUUUUGCUGUUCCCAACCCACUGGUUUAGGGUCCGCCCCUUACCCAUCAAUCUCAGGCUUCUCACCGGUCGCAUCGUUGAGUGUUCGAUUUCGCGUCUGCAUAUCUAAGCACCUUGUAAUAUUGGUCGAUUCCCCUCCACGACCCUCGCCAGCUCCAGUGUCCUCAACGGGAGUAUUCUGAUAGCAACUAAUUCAACGCUAAACACUUCAUCUUCCUUAUAAUUUAUGGGCAAAAGUACAGUUUUUUCUGGCUUGCGUGGGCGCACUGCAACCUGGCGAAAGUUGAAGAAUUUGAGAAUGGAUGGUUCAACUGGCCGUGCCAGCAGUGCAGAUGUAUUUUUACCAAAUUAUAAGUUGGGAAAAACACUUGGGAUUGGAUCCUUUAGCAAGGUGAAAAUUGCAGAGCAUAUAUUGACUGGCCAUAAAGUUGCCAUUAAGAUCCUUAAUCGGCGCAAGAUAAAGAACAUGGAAAUGGAAGAAAAAGUGAGAAGAGAAAUCAAAAUUUUAAGAUUGUUCAUGCACCCACACGUCAUACGACUUUACGAGGUCAUAGAAACCCCAACAGACAUAUAUGUUGUCAUGGAGUAUGUAAAAUCUGGUGAACUCUUUGAUUACAUUGUGGAAAAGGGUAGGCUACAAGAAGAUGAAGCCCGUAAUUUUUUCCAGCAGAUAAUCUCUGGCGUGGAGUACUGUCACAGAAAUAUGGUGGCUCAUAGAGACCUUAAGCCAGAAAAUUUACUUUUGGACGCCAAAUGCAAUGUCAAAAUUGCUGAUUUUGGUUUGAGCAAUAUCAUGCGCGAUGGUCACUUUCUUAAGACAAGUUGUGGAAGCCCAAACUAUGCUGCUCCGGAGGUUAUAUCUGGAAAGUUGUAUGCUGGACCUGAAGUAGAUGUCUGGAGCUGUGGUGUAAUUUUAUACGCUCUUCUCUGUGGUACCCUUCCUUUUGAUGAUGAAAACAUUCCUAACCUUUUUAAGAAAAUAAAGGGUGGGAUAUAUACUCUUCCUAGUCAUCUAUCACCUGGUGCUAGAGAUCUGAUCCCAAGGAUGCUUGUGGUUGAUCCCAUGAAGAGAAUGACCAUACCUGAGAUUCGCCAACACCCAUGGUUCCAGGCUCACCUCCCUCGUUAUUUAGCUGUGCCCCCACCAGAUACAAUGCAGCAAGCGAAAAAGAUUGACGAGGAACUUCUUCAGGAAGUGGUUAACAUGGGAUUUGAUAGGAAUCAACUGGUUGAAUCUCUUCAGAACCGGAUACAAAAUGAGGGUACUGUAGCAUACUAUUUGUUAUUGGACAAUCGGUUCCGUGUUUCCAGUGGCUAUCUUGGAGCUGAAUUCCAAGAGACAAUGGAUUCUGGUUUUAACCGUAUUCAUCCCAGUGGAGUUGCUGCUUCAGUUGUUGGUCACCGCCUUCCAGGGUUUAUGGACUAUCCAGGAGCAGCAUUAAGACCCCAGUUCCCUGUUGAGAGAAAAUGGGCCCUUGGGCUUCAGUCUCGUGCUCAUCCUCGUGAAAUAAUGACUGAGGUCCUUAAAGCCCUGCAAGAAUUAAAUGUGUGUUGGAAAAAGAUUGGACCUUACAACAUGAAGUGCAGAUGGGUUGCUGGGAAUCCUGGUCAUGACGGAAUGGUAGACAAUACUGUGUAUGGCAGUCAUUACUACAGAGAUGAUGCCACCAUCAUUGAGAACGAUUCUGUUUCUAAGCCAAAUGUGAUCAAGUUUGAACUUCAGCUUUACAAAACCCGGGAGGAGAAAUAUCUGCUUGAUCUGCAAAGGGUCCUGGGUCCACAAUUUCUCUUUUUGGAUCUUUGUGCUGCUUUCCUUGCACAGCUUCGCGUGCUCUAAGUAAAGAGGAUAAUGCCUUUAAGGGGGACUUGACAUGUGCCUAGUGUUGCCUUGCCAAUAGGAAGCUUACGAUUGUAUAUAAAUGGCGGUGCGCUCUGUUCAGAUUGUCUUGAGAACAUCUGGUAUUGCCCCAGUUUUUAUGUGGGUGAUGGUUGAUAUGGGGCCAAUCUUACUGAGUUAACGGCUUCCUUUAUUAUGAUAUUUGACUAUUUCUGCUUUAUAUGCACUGGGAAUUGAAUUUUCUCAGUGUUGAUGUCUCGGAUAAUGUGAGAGAAAUGAGGCCUCAGAACAGUGUUCUGAUGCAUAUUCUGGAAUUCUACCGUUGCCGUGUUUUAAAUGUCUUUCCGGUAGCAUGGUUAUUAGCCUGUGUUGACUUUCAUUAAGCAACCUACGGUUAAGUAUGUUUGAAUGGGAAAGGAAAGGAAUGAAGUAUUUUAUUUAAUUUGGAUUUA